AUGGCCUCGCUUGUGGCGCUUUUCUGUGGCUGCAUGGAUAGCCUCAAGUCAAUCCUCACUUCCCAGGACUUCGGCUCCGAGUACGAGAUAUUGUGUACUGAAUUGUCGGUACAAUGGCUUCGGAUUCGCCUUUGGGGACAAUCGGUUGGACUUCACCUCGACGGUGCUCCCCAUGCCCAAAGCUCGAUCCUUAACAGACCUGAAGUCGAAACCACCGUCACCCAGACUAUCAAUAGUAUCGCCUUGCUCCUUGCCGAGAUUGAAGUUCUCCGGCGACGAUACGAACUCAGGCCGCGUCUUAUCCCGGAGAGUCCUGAAGAUGAGAAGACGCGACGCGAUUCCAAGCCUCACAGUGGCCUGUUUCGUCCAGCAAGGUAUUUGCAGCAACGAAUAAGGGACAAUCAGAAGCAGAAAUCAUUUCUCGCCUUGGCCAAGUGGGCAGUCUGUGAUGCAAAGAGGUUCGAUGAGAAAGUCAAGCGCCUGAAGAACCUCAUCGAUGGCCUUGAAGACAUCUCGAAGGCUGCAGGAAUCACUCAGUUCCAGCCAUCUCCACAGAACCUAACACUUCCCGUCCCUAUUCUAGCCGAGAACCCGCCGCCCUACUCGGUGGAAGCGCCUGUCGAGCCCUCUAUUCGGCAAGCUCAGCCAAUCGAGGUAGAGGUUCCUGCAGCUAUCGCACCAGUCUCCGUCCCAGAUCCUGAGUUGUUUGAGCAGUAUAUUUCACUCAAGAAAUACGCAGUUUCGCUUGAGACGAACGCUCCGUUGAGGCUCAGAACCCGUGAAAAGCUCUUAACGUUGAAUGAUGGACAGCUCAAACAGCUUCGGGCAGAUGUUUAUGAUGAGCUUUGUCGUCGACGGCAGACAGGAACACCCCCUCCCUUCUUGCUUCCAAUGGGCAUAUACCAUACCAAAAGGAGCCAGGCGCAAGAGAGAAUAUCCACACUCCCUUGGUAUCGUUUCGCCCAUCUCGUCUCGGACGUGGUGUUUGAAUUGGAGAGGCGUUUUUCGCCCUUGGAGAAUGGUAGAGAAGAUGCCAGUCAACCCGUCAUCGCCCCUGAAGAGCUCACUCAAACGUUCACCAGUCGGAACCGCCGACAUGGGCGUGCUUUGCCGUAUGAGGCCCUACCACCGGAACCACCCGUGCUUAGCGAGUUACAAGCCCUGCAGCACCGGACGAGAUACAACCAUGCAACCUCCAGAAUACUGAACGGGGUCAAUCGCACAAACAACCUGUUCUGGCAAAUACCUCACCAUAGCCAAACUUCUACGACGCUUGGUCAGACCUCGGGUCCUAUCUCGUCUGCUUUCCAUACUGAUAGCUUCUUCGUUGUUCGUCCGCCCACUUCCCUCCCAUCUUCCCCGACCUUCAAGUCUUUUUGCGUCAAAAUGGACGAUCCGACCUCGAAAAUAAUCCCAACCGCAAUGAAAAAGUAUGGUAUCGAUAUGCCUUGGCAUAACUACUCCUUGUAUCUUGAGUACGGAGGCACCGAACGUCGAUUGGAGUUGGAUGAAAUGCCCUUGUCUUUGUUCAAGAAUUUAAAACGCAAGGGCCAUAAACCUAUCUUCCGACUUCAGAAGGUGCCAAGCACCAUCGGACAGGGAGCCGCCGAGGGCUAG